CAUGCUAAACAUCUGCCUCAAUAUUUGCCCCUAGAAGUUCAAUGGGAGAUUCGGGCUUUUGACAGCAAGUGCACUCACGAGUUUUCCUCUGCAGUCGUUUACUGUUGUGUGUGUUUAUGCACACAUAUAUGUGAUUAUUUGUAUGCCAUGUCUGAGUUAAAUUCUGCACAGUUAAUCGUAUAUAGUCCAACGGACGACAGCUGUACAGACCGAGAAUCGCAGGACCUUGGAGGCGACAACAAGAAACUUCGAAGGAGAGAAAAAAACAGAAUUGCUGCGCAAAGAAGUCGGAAGAAACAGACGCAGAAAGCAGAUAAACUACACGAGGAAUAUGAAAAGCUGGAACAGGAAAACACUGCUCUAAAAAGGGAAAUAAGGAAACUUAGUGAAGAAGUGAAACAUUUAUCAGAAGCUUUGAAAGAUCAUGAACGUAUAUGCCCAUUGAUACAUUGUGCCAUGAACUUUGUCACAACACCUAGACCUCACCCUGAUGUACUCGCCAGCUGUUUACCACGUGAUGAUCAAAGUGAAGUCUCAUAGGUGGCUAUAGCAUUGAAAUUUUAAAAUGUUAUUUUAUUAUGGAAGUGUUAGGAUACACUGUCAAAUGUUUGCAUAUGUUUGAUUCUUUUUUGCAACCUGGAGAGUCCUGAGGACAUUAUUUAUCGGAUGUUGGACCAUAUUGUGAUCGAAAUGAUGCUGCUGUGCCCCUAUGCACAAUAUGGUCAAGGUGUAAGGACACAGGCUUUGCAAGUUUAUUGUCUUGUCUGUGGAUUCUGCUUAGCUUAAGCUCUACCAAUAGCACCGGAGUGAAUGUAUUUUAAAGACAUGUAGACUUUUUUACUUUUGCAUAUUUUUCAGGGAUGUGGGUGUUGUGUUCCUCACAAAUCAAGUGCAGUAAGGUUUUUAGCAUUCCAGCAGUCACAUAGCUGAAACUUGGUACACAUCCUAAUUUUAAACACACAUAUGCAAUGGCAAGCCAAAAACAAUUGUGAUUUGUUGCACAAUUUAUUAAGCCUUCUAGUGAACAGAUAAGAAAGUCAGCUUUUUGAGAGAAAUCAUUCUGAAAGCGUGCACUUAUUUUGUAGUCAGGUCAAAUGCUUUGCAUUUUCCCUGGACAUUAGCAACAUUAUUGAAGCCAGCAGGUAAAACUGUGUCAUGAUGUUCUUUCUGUAGUGGAAAACAGCAAAACUGACCUAAUAAACAGUUACAGUUUUGUGGCCACUUGCACUAGUGUCCUAAACUCUAUGGGAGUUUCAUUUCCUCUAAAGCACAAAGAAAACAAGCCAUCACAUCCUACACUAAAUGAAGUAAGUAAUGACGCAUAACUAUCUCCACAGAGCAAAGGAUUACUCUACUUUUAUCACAUGAAGGACGUAAAUAAGGAUUUUAAUUCAAUAACUCCUCUGAGUGGAACUAUCCCUGAAUGAAGUAUGUUAUUCCCUCAGAUGCUGAGUGAAAUUCACUUUGUGAUAUGAAUGGAUUGUUGCCACAUUGGUUUGCAGCUAGAACCCAACGUUAUAGAAGGCAUGUGGCCCCGAUGUCACUGUCCUACCACAUAAUAUAGUUCUGCACGAGGAUCUUGUAAAUACAUUUGGGGUACUGCGGUUCAGACACCUAAUAUUCACUGAAAAUUUCUCUAUUAUAUAACAUAAAUGGUUUGGCCCAUCCAUGAACAUUGGAGUGAGAGGAAAUUCAGAUAAGUGCGUGAAGUGUUCAUACGUUGGAAUUUCAGGGCCUAAGUGUUUAGCAGUGUCAUAUUAUGAAAACUGUUAUACUGUAUGUUGUGUUUCCUAAUGUCACUUAAUGGUUCAAUCUUUGAAUGUGAUUGUUAUGCAUUGUAAGUCUUGAAUUUCCUUUUUUAUGUUUGUUUAAUUACUGCUGUUCUUUUAUGCCCCUGUUUUGCACAUGUGACCUCCUUUAAGUUAAAGGACAGAUGAUUCAUUAUACAUGGCUCAAUGAUUACCAAGCAUAAUUAGUGCAUGCUUAAUUGAUUGGCAGUGGGUCUGGUGAGAGAGAAUUAAACAAGAUCAAAUUUCCCUUUUUUCUUUUAUCAUCACCAAUCCCCCACCACACCCACCAAAAGCACCAAAUCAUUCACCCAUAAUGACAAAGAAUUUACAAAUUAACCAAUGCAGAAACUAGUCACACAUGACUCAUCAAUGUUUGAGAGUGA